AUGCCUUCGCAGGUUUCGGUAUUUCACAUAAUUCAAGCAACAUUUGGUGGAAAAUAUUGUGCAUUCAGGUACCUCAUUUAUCCAGUUGCUGAAAAGCAUCGUGAACUGUUUAUCUCACAUCAAUUGUCUUCCUUUCAAUGGUAUAAUUAUUUUAAAAAAACAACAAACAGUCAAAACAUGUCAGCUGCAAAAAUUUGUAGGUUACAUCACCAGUUAUUGUUUCAUUUGUACAAAGUUUAUUCUCUACAUAUUCUCCAGCGAACAUUGUGUUCUAAACCAAGCUAUAAAAUUUCCACAUUGUUUGAUACGCAUACAAUGAAUCAGCAUAUAACAAAGCAUAAAAUUUAUUCUGUUCUCUCCCCACUAGGGGAUUUCAAUGUUUCAGUUGAUGAUUUUAGAAGUAUGCGAAAUAGCUUACAUGCAAAACAGAUCUCAUCAUUUUGGCCGUGUAUUAUAGACUAUGCUAUAUCAAAUAAUUGUUUUGAAUUAAGAAAAUCACUAAUCAGCUAUAUUCUAUCAGAUAAACAUGUACAUUCUAAUAUGACAUUGAUAAAAAUGUUAAAUUUAUUAAUUUAUGAAGAACAUUACGGUGAUUUCAAAAUGCUGUAUGAGGAGCUGAUCAGUCGAUUAACUCCUAUCGAGAAAAAAGUCUUUUAUAAUGAUCUUGCCAAGUUAUUAGCACGAACACCCUAUUGGAGGGAAUCACUGGAGCUUGUAUCAACUUCAGAAAUGAAUGGAUUCGAUUAUACAAAAGUUUAUGAAAUGAUAUGUCUGUCUGCUAUAAAGUUUGAUGCCAUGUCUUCUGUUUUUGAAUGCUUAAACCAAUUGAGGUGCUGUCCAAAGGAUGAGAUAUUUUUAAAAUUCUUUGAUAAAUUAUCAACAAUAGAAGACAAAGAGGAGGUAGUUGGCUUUGUUGAUCACCUGUUCCAAUUAAUGCAUACUCACCGAUGGAUCAUGUCCUCUGAGGUUGCUAAGUAUAUUGAUGCAUGGUUUUGUAGCUUGAAGGAUAAACGUUGGAUUGGGAAUCUAUCUGCGCAUAUCAGUAGUAGAGGUUACUUAUGCUCAGUAUGUAAUGGGGGUUUACCGCCAGCAGAUAUGUCACAGUUUCGUCUUUCAGAAAUGGCGGAUAAAUUUUUUGAAACUGUAGUAAAGGGAACAGAUAUUAGAAAUUUAUUUAUGUCAGCGAAAUCAGAUGAAAUCGAUACAUUGCAUCGAUUUCUUGAUUCUCAAACAGAACCUUUAGAUUGUAUAAUUGAUUUUUUGAAUCUGAUGAAUACUAGACGAUUUCAGUUUACUGAUUCAUCAGGAAUACUUGUUGCUGAGGUGCUGAGACAAAUCAACAAAGAUUUCAACCUGAGACGAUUUUGUUUGGUCAGUAAAGGGAAUACAAUUCUGCGCAGACCAGGAUUUUGGAAUCCGAUCAAAAUUUUAGGCAAUCAGUUAGGCAUAUCUGUUCAUAAGUUUUGUACAAAUGCUAAGUCUGAAGACGAUGCAUUCCUGCUUUAUAUGGCUUUAAAAUCUGGUCCACAGUGCUACAUUGUCUCUAAUGAUGAAUUUAAAAAUUAUCGUUUCUCAGCAGGUCGAGAGCUAGGGGAACAAAUCUCUAGAUGGCAAUCGCAUAGACAUAUUGUCCUACAACCUUUCAUCCCAUCAGUGUAUUUGAAACCGUCAAAAUGCGAUUUAUCUGUACAUGGUAGUCCCGAUAUUGGUUGGCAUAUUCCAUAUCAUAGUGGAAAAUCUCGAAAGUUUUAUACCGCAGUUAACUCAUGGCUUUGUUUACGACGUGUAAAAUAA